UGUUGCUGUAAAACUGACCAUUUUUGCAAGGUAAUGGCCAACCCAUAAGACCGUCAGCCUUGACUCACACUUAAUAUUUAAGCCUGAAGAUUCAUGCUAGACUGUGGGAUAGGUAGUAUUUAUUAAAAGUACCUGAAAUCUAAGGGUCCCCCUGCUGUUAUUUUCUGGAUUUUUCUGUCACACACAAUUAAACAUAGCUGUAUUUUCUGUAAAAUGCUCACAAACUAGUUUCCUCGAUUUUUCUCCCUAACUUCUCCAAACAUAGUGGUAAAUGUUGUCCAGUUUGAUCCCAAAAGAGGACCAAUAGGAACAACCUACAAGAAAGAUGCCAAACUUAUUCUUGAGUACCUGGCUGCCUGUGACGAAUGCUACAUCACUGAUCAGGAGAAACUUCUCAGUGAAAAAGGGUAAUUUAAAAAUGUCCGGAAAAAUCACUACGGCUUAUUCAUGAACAUUUUAUUUAUAUCAUGAAUUUAUGUAAUGAAGGGAUGUAUUUUUGUCUGUAGGGAAUUCAGUAUUGAGACAGGUGGUCGGACAUUUCAGCUGACCAAAGACAUGGUCAGUGUGAAGAGGUUCCAGAAAACUCUGCACGGUAAGAGCUGACACUCGACCGUCCUCAGAGCUGCAACAGUGACUUGAUCAUGUGGGAAAACAACCGUCUGUAUUUUCCCACAGUGAAGGAGAUUGUUCCCAAUGUAAUCGAGCCGUCCUUUGGCAUCGGGAGGAUCAUGUACUCUAUCUUCGAGCACUCGUUCCGUGUGCGUCAGGGGGAUGAACAGAGAACGGUGAGCAGACUUCAAAAACAGAGCUACUGUAGAAGUAUAAACUUAUUUCAAUAAGUUUUGAUUUUCUUGAAAUUAAAUUGAUUCAUUUCUUGCCCAGUAUUUCAGCUUCCCCGCCCCUGUUGCUCCAUACAAAUGCGCCAUCCUUCCUUUGAGCCAAAAACCAGAGUUUGUGCCAUUUGUCCAGCAGUUGUGUAAGUUUGAUACCAGCUUUCACAUUCAUUUAUUUAAUUAUUUCAUUUCUGUUGAUAUGAAGCUUUAGCCAGCAGGAGGCCAGCAUAGAGACUAAAAUGAGGCUGAAACUGAUAGUUUCACUAUCAUGCAUGCCAACACCUCUUACUUCAUGUAACGACAUGUUCUGUCUAAUUUUUCUGAACUGUCAAAAUGUGUUAGUAUGAAACAUGACUGUAUUUGCUUAACCAGUUCUUAGCUGGGAGUAUUGAGCUCUCAGACACAGUUGUUGAGAUAAUGUUAGGUAGCUGGCUAACUAGUAUGGUGGCAAAAAGAGACAAAACUCAUUCCCUGAGAUAUCAAACCUGUGAAUUAAUGCAAAUAAAUAUUUUGAAGAACUGAAGCUCAUCUUUUGAACUAAUUUUUCUUUUUGCAUUUUUCUUCUUCUAAAGCUGAGGCUCUGACCAGAAACGGUGUGUCUCACAAAGUGGACGACUCCUCUGGAUCCAUCGGGAGGCGUUACGCUCGGGCAGAUGAGAUUGGAGUGGCGUUUGGGAUCACUAUUGACUUCGACACAGUGAACAAGACGCCUCACACAGCCACGCUGAGAGACCGCGACUCCAUGCGGCAGAUCAGGGCUGAGGUAGGACGAGCCUAUAAUGCCACCUUAAUAAAAAAAAGGUUAUGUUUUAUUUUCUUACCAAACAAAUGAUAAUAUUUUGCAGGUCUCUGAGUUGCCUGGAGUUGUCCGAGAUCUGGCUAACGACACCUUGACGUGGGCUGAGGUGGAGGAAAAAUACCCCAUCUUUGAAGGACAGGAGUGCAGCAAGAAGGAGUGAUAAAAUUCAGAAUAUCUGCUCAUUGCACAGGGACCGAAAAGAUUUUACAUUCCACUGUCAUUAUCUAUUUGUAUGUUGCAUUUUUAUAUUUACACAGAGGGGAAGAAGUUUCUUUCAUUGGAAAUUGUUUGUGAUGCUUUAUAAUUGAGACUUCUCAAAUACUGAAGGAAAACACAACCAGUCACACACAAGCUAAUUGGACUAACACUGUCCUCUGUGGCCUUUUUUCUCUCAAGUUCUCACCAUAGUAACAGUCUUUAAUAGCUCCCAGUGGAUGUAUAGCACUGAUUAUAAUAACGCAGGAACAAAUGAAUGGACGGGAGUUUCACAGA